AUGGGUGACGAGCGCGACUACGAUGGGUAUAACCCCGCGAAAAGGAGGCGUGUUGAGCAUACGCGCCCCGACUCCCGCUACCAGAAUGGAUCGCGAAGCUCAACCCCUAGGGCGCAGUCUCGCUACGCGCCCACGCCUCGUCGAGAGAAUGACGUCCCUGAACCCGACGACGAAGACUCAAAGGCCCUCGACCGCGACUGGUACGGUGGCGAUGAAUUUGGAGGUCAUGCUUUCGGCGACGACACUCACAACCCCUUCGCCUCCUACGAGUCGUCCGCCUGGGAGGGACAGCAAACGGAAAAGGCAAAGGCGGAGAAGAUGAACAAUCGAUACGACGCGUGGAAGGAGCAGAAGAACAGAGAGAACGAUGCCUGGGAGACAAAUCGAAUGCUGGUCUCUGGUGUGGCGCAAAGGAGGGACAUGGCUUCAGACUUCAACGAAGAGGAGGGCACCCGCAUUCAUCUGCUGGUCCAUGACCUCAAACCGCCUUUCUUGGACGGUCGUCACGUAUUCACAAAGCAAGUCGACCCGGUGCCGGCGGUCAGGGACUACCAAAGCGACAUGGCCGUGUUCAGUCGCAAAGGGAGCAAAUUGGUCAAGGAGGUGCGACAGCAACGAGAACGGCAACGGCAGGCCCAGCAAGCAACGAGCUUGGCCGGCACCACAUUGGGCAACAUCAUGGGCGCGAAGGAAGAGGAUGGCGACAGCGCACUGCCAGUGGCCGGCGAAGAUGAUGCAGACAAGGCCGGCGGCGAGCGCAAGGGAAAUAAAUUCAGCACGCACAUGAAAAAGGGCGAGGGCUCGAGCAACUUCAGUCAAACAAAGUCGCUACGAGAGCAGCGAGAGUUCUUGCCGGCGUUCGCCGUUCGUGAAGAUCUGCUGAGGGUGAUUCGCGAAAACCAGGUCACCAUUGUCAUUGGCGAGACGGGUUCCGGCAAAACAACGCAGCUUACACAGUUUCUCAAAGAGGACGGGUAUGGCGACAAGGGCAUGAUUGGCUGUACACAGCCGCGUCGUGUGGCUGCUAUGAGUGUAGCGAAACGUGUGGCCGAGGAGAUGGAGGUACCACUGGGAAGCACUGUUGGAUAUGCCAUCCGUUUCGAGGACUGCACGAGCAAGGAAACCGUCGUAAAGUACAUGACUGAUGGUGUCCUCUUGAGGGAGUCGCUCAAUGAGCCAGACCUGGACAGAUACUCCUGCAUCAUCAUGGACGAAGCCCACGAGCGCGCACUAAACACCGAUAUCCUGAUGGGUCUGGUGAAGAAGAUUCUUCGACGAAGACGGGAUCUCAAACUCAUUGUCACUUCAGCCACAAUGAACGCAAAGAGGUUUUCGGACUUUUUCGGCGGCGCGCCCGAGUUCACCAUCCCAGGGCGAACGUUCCCUGUCGACGUGAUGUUUCAUCGGUCACCGGUGGAGGACUACGUUGAGCAAGCCGUGCAGCAAGUGUUGGCUAUCCAUGUGUCGAUGGAUCAAGGCGAUAUUCUUGUCUUCAUGACCGGCCAAGAAGACAUUGAGGUCACUUGCGAACAAGUACGGAAGAAACUCGAUGCGCUGAAUGAUCCGCCCAAGCUCGAGAUCUUGCCCAUCUACAGUCAGAUGCCAGCUGAUCUCCAGGCCAAGAUCUUUGAUCGAGCAGCUCCCGGUGUGCGGAAAUGCAUCGUCGCUACCAACAUUGCUGAGACCAGUUUGACAGUCGACGGUAUCAAGUAUGUGGUGGAUGCGGGAUACUCCAAGCUCAAGGUGUAUAACCCCAAGAUGGGCAUGGAUACCCUCCAGAUCACCCCAAUCUCGCAAGCCAACUCUUCUCAACGCUCCGGCCGUGCAGGACGUACAGGACCCGGCAAGGCCUUCCGUCUCUACACUGAGAAGGCGUUCAAGGAGGAGCUCUACAUACAGACCAUACCCGAGAUUCAGCGAACGAACCUAUCCAACACUGUUCUCAUGCUCAAGUCGCUCGGGGUGAAGGACUUGUUGGACUUUGACUUUAUGGACCCGCCGCCCCAGGACACCAUCCUCACGUCCAUGUUCGACCUUUGGGCACUGGGUGCGUUGGACAAUCUUGGUGAGCUGACCGAUUUGGGACGCAAGAUGAGUGCUUUCCCAAUGGAUCCUUCUCUAUCCAAGCUCCUGAUCACGGCCGAACAAUACGGCUGCAGUGAAGAGAUGAUCACAAUCGUAUCCAUGCUCUCGGUCCCGAGCGUCUUCUACCGCCCCAAGGAGCGUCAGGACGAGGCAGAUGCGCAGCGCGAGAAGUUCUGGGUGCACGAGUCGGACCAUCUUACGUACUUGCAGGUGUACUCGGCAUGGAAAGCCAAUGGGUUUUCCGACAACUGGUGUGUCAAGCACUUCCUGCACCCCAAGUCGCUGCGGCGAGCCAAGGAGAUUCGCGACCAGCUACUCGACAUUGUCAAGAUGCAGAAAAUGCAGCUCAUCAGCUGCGGCAUGGACUGGGACCUCAUUCGCAAGGCCAUCUGCUCGGGAUACUACCACCAAGCUGCCAAGUACAAGGGCUCGGGUGAGUACAUCAAUCUCCGCACCAACCUGGCCGUGCAGCUACAUCCCACAAGUGCCCUCUAUGCGGGCCAUCCGCCCGACUAUGUUGUGUACCACGAACUCAUCCUCACAUCCAAGGUCUUCGUCUCCACAGUCACGGCAGUCGACCCGCAUUGGCUGGCCGACUUGGGAGGUGUCUUCUACUCCAUCAAGGAGAAAGGGUACUCUGUACGGGACAAGCGCAUCACCGAGACUGAGUUCAACAGAAAGAUGGAGAUUGAGGCCAAGAUGGCGGAGGACAAGCGCAGGGACGAGGAGCGAAAGCAUGCUGAGGAAGAGCGCACCGUGAAGAAGAAGAUUGGCGGCGAUGGCAAGAAGUUUGUCACGCAAGGCGCAGUGAAGAAACCUGUCAUCAAACGACGAGGGAGGGGGUUUUGA